CGCUGGACCGACAGACCCGGCACACGUGUUUUUACCUCCGGCGACGUAUUACCAAAAUGCAUGUAAAUAGUGACGCAUGCAACCGCGCGUGUAUCCGAUCGUGUUUUAGCGCGCGGGAAAAGUUUGGCAGUUGACAUUCGCGCGCUUUGACUUUUUGUUUUAUUUUUUUUUGCGUGUUCUGUGCGGCUGCGGUAGGCCGUUUAUGAGUGACUGUGGUAGUACUGAAAAGUGAAAAGUGGAUUUAACUAGAUUGUGUUGUUGGGCCGUUGAAUUAUUUGUGAAUUUGUGAUUAAUUUCCAUUUUGGAUAUAUCAAUUUAAUUCGUAAAACCUAUUUGGUACUUCAUUACAAAAACUAUUUCAAAAAUGGAACACGAGAGUCUUUGUAGCCAGUUUUAAACGUUCGAAAUGUUCUAUUUAAAAAAUGGAACAGUGAAGUGAAUAUGAUUUUGAAUGUGGAACUUUUAGUGAUUUCGAAAAUGGAACUAUAAAGUAAUGAUGGAGCACCCUGGUGGAUUCGCGUCUUCGCCGUGGGCGGCCAUGCUGGGCCACGGCAUGCAUGGCAUGAUGCAGCACGAGUACUCCCAUGCGCACGCGCACGCAUCGAUGCCCAUGGAUCUGCAUGUGCCGCAGCCUUUUCCUUAUUACCGGUAUCGGGACGACGCGUUAUGUUGGUCAGACAGAAAACCAUCAGUAGAUGGCGUCUCAAACGCAGCAUCAGUCAACAGCCGAUACUAUGCACAAGAGAACUGCAUCCUCGAACUUCGGAAAGAGAAAAGCCGGGACGCCGCCCGUUCGAGACGGGGCAAGGAAAACUACGAAUUUUACGAGCUGGCCAAGAUGCUACCUCUCCCGGCUGCCAUCACCAGUCAACUGGACAAAGCUUCCAUUAUAAGGCUGACUAUUAGCUACCUGAAGUUACGGGAUUUCUCAGGACAUGGCGAUCCGCCGUGGAGUCGGGACCCUCCUCCGUCUAGCAAGGCGCUUAAAGGUGCCCAAAACAGACGGACGGCGAUAGGUCUGGCCAUGGAACUGUUCGAACAACACCAAGGAACGCAUAUAUUACAGUCCUUGGAUGGGUUCGCGCUUUCCGUGGCGGCAGACGGCAGGUUCCUGUACAUAUCUGAAACUGUUUCUAUAUAUUUAGGAUUAUCACAAGUAGAGAUGACGGGUAGCAGUAUAUUCGACUACGUGCAUCAGGCUGAUCAUGCUGAGAUUGCUGAGCAGUUGGGGCUAUCUCUCACUGGGAGACCUGGUCAGGCUGGACUGAAUAGUCCUGCGUCAGGCAGUGAGGAAGGCAGCCAACAUGGAACUAAUAACCCUGAUGUAUCAGCACAAAUGAGCCUAGCAGCAAGCGGGUCGCUAUACCGGGGGAUGGACCGAGCGUUCUGCAUCAGGAUGAAGAGUACGCUGACCAAGAGAGGGUGCCACUUCAAGUCCUCGGGAUAUAGGGUGGUUCUGAUGUUAUGCCGUCUUCGACCGCAGUAUUCAUUUUCCCAUAGUCGGAAAUCUCCUACGGUACUCCUGGGUAUGGUGGCUCUAGCCAUAGCAUUACCGCCACCGUCUGUCCAUGAGAUCAGACUGGAGUCUGACAUGUUCGUUACAAGGAUUAAUUUCGACUUCCGAAUAGCACAUUGCGAGCCUAGCCGGGUAUCAGAACUGCUAGGCUACACAGCUGAAGAAUUAACGGGGAAGAAUCUAUACGCUCUCUGCCAUGGAGAAGAUGCCAACAAACUUAGGAAAUGUCACGUAGAUUUAAUGAAUAAGGGUCAAGUCCUGACGCACUACUAUAGGAUAAUGAACAAGCUCGGCGGGUACACCUGGAUGCAGACCUGUGCCACCGUUGUCUGCUCCUCCAAGAACGCUGAGGAACAGAACAUUAUAUGCGUCAAUUAUGUCAUCAGUGGGCGAGAAUACCCAAACACAGUAAUGGACUGCUGUCAAUUAGAAGAAAGUGUACAAGGAGUCAAAAGAGAAGAAACUACGGGAGACCCAGAGAACGGUCCACCAGACACCGACAACUCAGGAGCGCCGCCCCCUCCACCACGACACCAGGCCGAAAGAACCGAACCACCAACGAACACUGACUCAGCAUCUUCUGCUCCCGUACCAACUUCUGACGUCACACACCUAACUAGGCUCAGUGACGCACAACCUCUACCUCUACACACAAGCACUGAAAGAACUUCACCAAUGCCAGCCAGAAGACUGAAGAAACGAAAGCACACAACUGACUGCGAAGACGAAGCAGAACGAGAGGAAGAAAGACGAAAGACCUCGUCUAACCCUGGCGCUGCAAUAUCACCUGCAGAACGGGACAUGUCUAAAACUAAUCUAUCUAUACCCGAAGGUGCUUCCGAUGCAACGUCAGUGAGAGAUCUAGAAAAUGCCAUGUCGAAACACCUACCAUCAGUAGCAUUAGAUGGAAAAGAAAUCUCCCACAGACCAACAGACUUUUCCACGGAUGCACUCCUGAAACAACAGCAGCAGAAAUCGACAAUACAAUGGAUAGGCACGCAGAACCAUCACCUAAACCCGUUGAAUAGGCAAAUACCCUCGAACCAUACCUCCACGCCAGCGUCAGCUUUGUUAAGACAACUCUACGCUAACAGAGAAAGUGUGAUCCGUAGCAACUUUUUGGGCGAUGGUAGAACUGGUGGGUACUAUUCCGGUGACGGCCAAUCAGGGCCCUUACCCACGCCUCCAGGCAGCGAAGGCUCUGGUUAUGGGGAGCAAUUAGGACAUAAGGGUACAGAUAUAGGUUCUUUAGCUUACGGAGGAUACGCGGACUAUCAUUCAGCGAUGACGCCGCCAGGUUCGGUAUCCCCAAGAGACAAGCAACAAUACGCUUUGCCGUACGACAAUAGUGCUUAUUCAGAAGCUUUAAGGCACUCUUAUUUAGGUGAAGCUCCUCUUCCGUUGAAGCCUCAAGCGUAUUCAGCGGUUCCUGGGGCUUUAGAUUACGCUUCAUCGUUAGACCAGUCGCAGUUCUUCCAUCCACCUUCAUCGUUCCACCUGUAUCAUCCUCAGGCGCACUCUGCGCAUGCGUCCCACCCGCAUCAGCCCGUAGACAAGUCCGCGCCACCGAACACGAACUGGUACUCGGCAGGAUCAUAGCCGAAUCUUCGAUAAUCUUCGUUUUUGUUCGCUAGCUUGUGUUACAGCAUUCGUUGUUAAGUUUUUCACAUUUUGUUGUUUCGGGGCUCAAUUAGAAUUAACGGGGUAAUCCCCGAUGCAUUAUCGGAAAACGUAUACGGUUAACAAAAGACUUCCAAAACUAUAAUACUCAGACGACUUGGCGUUCUCUAUUUUUUUGGAGUUGAAUGUUUUUGAAUACUCUUAUGGGAUGUGCCAAAAAUUAUGCUUCAGGCACUGACCUUGCAUUUAUAUCAAUCACAUACUCUCACAUACCUUAAAAUAAUUCGUUUUCAUAACUUCAUACUCUAUCGACAUAAAGAUAUCGAUAAACUUCUUCGAUAGAAUGGUUGAAAUAAAAAAUUGCUAAAGUAUAUCGAUAAAGUAUGUUAAAAAGUUGCGUACUUAAAACAAAAUUAAAUAAAUAGAUUUUUAUUUAGAUAAAAUAACCCAGUGAAAUCAUGAGCUAUAUCAAUAGCUUCUUGCAUAUCAUUUAUAGUUAAGCUUUUUGUAAAUUAUUGUAUAAUAGUUUAUCGACAUGACUGUAUUUAGGCGAUAAUAUAAUCAUUUAACAUUGUAAAUUGUAGAAUUUAAGUAUUGUAUAUUAUUUUUAUUAAUCAGUAUAAGAUUCCAUUGUAAAUAAUUACUUGUCAUUACAUUUCUAGUUAUUAAAUCGGAUUUAAAGUAUCGAUAAAAAUGUUUAUCGAUUGUUACAUUUGAUAUUUUGACAGCUGAUAUCGACAUCGCCAUUUAUAAUUUUAAUCAUACGUAAAUAAUUCUUGAAAAUUUCAAUAUUAAAAAUAUAUUAUCAUCUCAUUAUUGUCAUUUAAUUGAUCAUGACAAUUAAUUUAUUGUAGUGGAAAUACUCAGAACAUUCCAGAUUUCUUUAUAAUUUUUUUCAAGCCAAAUACAAUUUAUUAUUUUUAUAUAGAAAAUUGUAAUUUUUAUAUUAAUUCGAUUAGGUGUUAUUACAAUUAAUAAUAAUUGGUAAUAUUUAUGCUAUUUUUAACUGUGCAAUACGAGUGGGAAACGUUGUUUAUUUCAAUUUUUAUAAGGCUUCGUUAAUGUAUCGUAAUGUAAGGAAAUAAUUAUUAAAAUUGUAAUAAAGUUGUAAUUAUUAUAAUAAAAUUGGGAUAGGCUUGUCAUGCAAUUAUUCUGUUAUGUUUUUUUUUUUAAUAUUUCUUCUGGAAAUUCAAAACUUCAACAUGUAUUUUGUUCUUUGAAUUAUGAAUGAAAAAAGAAGUUUAUUUGUCCGAAUAAAUGAUUAAGAAUUUUCAA